GAGGUGAGAAGCAAGAUCACCUUGGUCUCUCUCGACACGGUUCCUCGGGCGGAAAUGUUCAAGUCAUGUUGGGGUAUAUACGUAAAGGAAGGGACGUAAGGGAGUUCAGUUGAAGGCAAGCUGUCUUUGUUUGUGUGUGCUGUGUUUAGUUUCACGAAGUUACUAGUUCAAGAUGACCAUCGAUUUCUACUACGUGCCUGGCAGUGCACCUUGUCGCUCUGUCCUGCUGGCAGCCAAAGUUGUUGGUGUGGAUCUGAACCUCAAAUUGACUAAUCUCAUGGCAGGCGAACAUCUUACACCUGCGUUUCUGAAGAUGAAUCCUCAGCACACAGUUCCCACUCUCAAUGACGGUGGAUUUUAUCUCUGGGAAAGUCGUGCCAUUCUUAGCUAUCUAGCUGACAAAUAUGGAAAGGAUGAUUCGCUCUAUCCGAAGGACCCAAAGAAGCGUGCCCUUGUUGAUCAAAGGCUGUACUUUGAUAUCGGGACUCUGUAUCAGAGAUUUGGUGAUUAUUAUUACCCAAUCAUGUUUGCUAAAGCCACUGGUGACCCAGAGAAGUUUAAGAAAAUUGAAGAAUCUUAUAAUUUCCUGGACAAAUUUCUAGAUGGGCAGGAUUUUGUAGCAGGAAACAAUCUCACAAUUGCAGACAUAGCAAUAAUUUCUUCAGUUUCCACUGCGGAUAUUCUUGGUUUUGACGUGAGUAAGUACCAUAAUGUUGCUAAGUGGUAUGAGAAGUGCAAGAAGAUUAUUCCUGGUUAUGAUGAACUCAAUCACUCCGGAUGUUUGAAGUUCAAAGAAAUGUAUGACAACCUCACCAAGAAGUGAAAUAACAAACAUGGCUCUUCAGAGACAUUCGUUUCCAAGAAAAAUGAAUAAAUGCUAAUGAAAUAUGCAGUACAGCUGCUUAGUGAUGAGGAGCUUGAGAUAUUGUGGCUGUCAUAACUUGUAAGUUGUGUUACAUUUUGAAAUUAUCCUGUCCUGGCACAGGAAAUGCAGAUAUUUGUAGAAGUAGAACAUGCAUUGCUGUGAUUUGCUGUUCUAAGGAAAUUUAAAUAGCUGUUCUUAUGAUUACAGUUUUAUUGUUUUUUUCAUGUAAAGUAUUUUGUAGUUAAAGACAAAAAAGUAAAGUACUGUAUAAUACUAUAA